CCCAAAGUAAAUUAACCAAACGGAGCUCAAACUAUGCGGGUGGUGGAGAGUGGCAUAGAAGAUGAAGUCCAUUGGGUUCCUCUCCUCCAUCCUGCACCCCGUUUUAUCCCUCCGAUCAAAACCAGUUAGACUCGCAUUCUGCUCCUCCGCCCUACCGAAACCCCAGGUUCCAAUCUACCUCCGCCCGCCGGCAUUUCGCGCCCCAUUCUCGGAGCUGAAAAAAUGGCACAAUUGGGCCGAGGACAGGGCCUCCUCAGUGGGUUCCACCUUCUCGGACCUGGACAACGGCCCUGACUCCACGCUCCUCCACCGGGAGCUCAACUGGCUCGUCGAGGACGCGCUCGAACAACCCGCCGCACUGCUUUCGCCCCGGAGUUCCGGCGCAAUAUACGGGGAUGACUCUCCGGUGCCAAUAAGGGUGCGUUUGGACGAACUUUACAAACUGUGGACGCAGAGGAUUGAAGAAAGGAGGCCGUUUCAGUACGUGGUGGGCUGCGAGCACUGGAGGGAUUUGAUUUUGAGCGUUGAGGAAGGGGUUUUGAUUCCACGGCCCGAGACCGAGAUCAUUGUGAACUUGGUCGAGGACGCUGUUAAGAGUAAUGGGGAAUUGAAAAACGGUAUGUGGGCGGAUUUGGGAACCGGAAGUGGGGCACUUGCUAUUGGGAUUGCCCGGGUUUUGGGCCCGGCUGGCGGCAAAGUGGUGGGUGUUGAUUUGAGCUCGGUGGCUGUGGCCGUUGCAUCGUAUAAUGUUGAGAGGCAUAAUUUGCAGGAUAGGAUUUCAGUGAGGCUUGGGUCGUGGUUUGAUCCUCUGAAGGAUGUUGUAAGGGAACUCAGUGGACUGGUGAGCAAUCCACCGUAUAUCCCGAGUGAAGAUAUUGAGGGGCUACAAGCUGAGGUUUCUAGACACGAACCAAGACUCGCGCUGGAUGGUGGAGCAAAUGGGAUGAAUCAUCUAAUCCAACUAUGCAAUGGAGCUGCUUUGGUGUUAAAAUCAGGUGGAUUUUUCGCGUUUGAGACAAAUGGUGAGACGCAGAGCAAAUUUCUUGUGGAUUAUAUGCAUUCAGCAGUUGAAAGAAGCUUCCGUAACGUGAGUAUUGUGUCUGAUUUUGCCGGAAUCCAAAGAUUUGUGACUGGAUACAGAGCCUGAGGAGAAUCUAUAUAUUUGUAGUGCGCUCAAAUUGUAUUUGAUUGAGUGUGGGGGCUUCUGGUUUGGUUUUUGGCUUGGUUUGGUCUCUUGAAGGUAAUAUAGAGUUUUUGUCUUUACACACUAGUAUGUGGCCCGUGCGAUGCACGGGAAACAAUAUUAUGAUUAUAUUAUAAAUUAAAUAUAUAAAUAACAUUAAUCAUGAUUCAUCCAUUGUUUUUA